AAACAAGAAUCACACUAACUAACUUCGUCUCCUAAAAACUGUUUAUAUGGAUUUUCAAAAGGGAGUUUCUUUCUUCCUGGCAUUCUUGCUUUGGGGCAAUAUUGUCCAGGCUAAUCAAAAUUACAAGGAUGCCCUUGCCAAAUCCAUAUUGUUUUUCCAAGGUCAACGUUCCGGGAGGUUCCCGACUUCCAAUGGCAUCCCUUGGAGAGCCAUUUCCGGCCUUUCCGAUGGCUCCCUAGCACAUGUGAAUUUAGUUGGAGGGUAUUAUGAUGCGGGGGACAAUGUUAAAUUUAACUUCCCGAUGGCAUAUACAACGACAAUGCUAUCAUGGAGUGCAUUGGAGAACUCGAAGCCGUUGGGCCCGCAACUUGAAAAUGUGAGAGAGGCAAUUAGGUGGGCGACGGACUACCUUAUCAAGUGUGCAACAGCGACUCCGGGCGUACUUUAUGUUGGUGUUGGGGACCCGAAUGUGGACCACAAGUGUUGGGAGAGACCGGAGGACAUGGACACGGUUCGAACCGUGUACUCGGUCUCUCGAACCAAACCGGGCUCGGAUGUUGCUGGUGAAACCGCAGCAGCUUUAGCCGCUGCCUCCUUGGUUUUUCGAGUGGUUGAUAGUAAAUACUCCAAGUUGUUGUUGAGAACUGCAAAGUCUGUGUUCCAGUUUGCAACACAAUAUAGGGGUUCUUAUAGUGACUCCCUUGGUUCAGCUGUUUGUCCAUUUUACUGUUCUUAUUCGGGAUAUAAGGAUGAAUUAUUGUGGGGAGCUGCAUGGCUGCUAAGGGCGACAAAGGAUGCAUCCUACAGGAGUUUUAUAAAUUCCUUAGGUGCGAAUGAUGCAACCGAUAUAUUCAGCUGGGACAACAAAUAUGCGGGAGCUCGAGUUCUUUUGUCUAGGGGGAGUUUGGUGGCAAAUGAUAAGUCAUAUGAACCAUUCAGACAACAAGCCCAAGAUUUCAUGUGCAAAAUUCUACCUAAUUCGCCUUCUUCCACUACACAAUAUACUAAAGGGGGGCUAAUGUUUAAACUAGCGGAUAAUAACCUCCAAUACGUGACAUCCAUAACCUUCUUGCUCACCACCUACGCCAAAUACAUGAAAUCAGCAAAAACCACUUUCAAUUGUGGCAACAUCAUGGUGACCCCAAACACCCUAAUCAACCUUGCAAGGAAACAGGUGGAUUAUAUAUUAGGAGACAACCCGAUGAAGAUGUCUUAUAUGGUAGGUUAUGGUGCAAAUUACCCAAGAAGAAUUCAUCACAGAGGAUCCUCAUUGCCUUCACUAUCAACUCACCCUCAAACAUUUGGCUGUGAAGGAGGUUUUCAACCAUUUUACUAUACUUCAAACCCUAACCCUAACAUACUAACGGGUGCAAUCGUGGGAGGUCCAAACCAGAAUGAUUUCUUCCCUGAUGAACGAACUGAUUACAGUCACUCGGAACCUGCUACAUACAUUAAUGCGGCCAUGGUUGGGCCUUUAGCUUACUUAUCUGGGAGAUAAAUUCCCCCAUUACUAUAAAUUAUACAUUUAUAUGUCCUCGUUGUAUCAAAACUGAAAAUCAAGUAUUUCCCACCUGUAAGGAGAAGGUGAAGUAUAAGUAUUUUAAGUUGCAGCAAUUAUAUAUAGUUAAACAAUCUCUAUCAUGAA